AUGGCUACUGACGCAUCCAACGUAACCUUUACGAACCCAGUCAUCAGGGGCUUCAACCCUGAUCCCACCAUCUGCGUCGUGCCCGCUUCUGGCUCGGAGCCUACGACCUUCUUCCUUAGCACGUCGACAUUCGAGUUCUUUCCGGGAUGCGCUAUUUACACAUCUACCAACUUGAUUGACUGGAAACUCAUCGGUCAUGCUCUUACGCGACGCAGCCAGAUUGAGAUGCGCACUGUGGAACCUGGUGCGGGGAGCUGGGCGAGCACACUGAGGUAUCGACCUGAUGAAAAGAGGUGGUAUCUAGCGAAUGGCGUGUUUCAAAGAUAUCGACCUACUUCUGAUGAACGCAUCUUUCCCCGUGGCUUUUAUGUCUGGACCGACAACAUCUGGGACGAAAAUGGCUGGUCUGACCCAGUGUACUUUGACAAUCCGGGAUUCGAUCAGGACCUCUUCUGGGACGAUAACGGCAGAGUCUUUCUGUCUACAACUAUGCGACUGGCGUGGCGAUCACCCGACUCCAAGCAAAAGGACUUUGCCAUUCACAUUUCGGAAAUAGACAUUACAACUGGGAGAACUCUUACAGCGCCGAAGCCUAUCCGAGAGUCUCCAUUUGGUAUCGCAGAGGGAUCCCACAUUAUCAAGCGCGGCGAUUACUACUAUCUCUUUACAGCCGAAGGAGGCACAGAGGUUGGCCAUCAGGAGUGGGUUUUCCGCAGUCGAGAUGGCCCCUAUGGCCCUUGGGAGGGUCAGGGAAAGGCAUUGUGGUAUAAUGGACCGGAUGAGGAAGUGCAGAGGACGGGCCAUGCUGAUGUCUUUGAAGAUGGUGAUGGUCAUUGGUGGGCUGUGUUUUUGGGUGUAAGGCCUGUCAAGGACAAGGGGCGUUAUCUGGAACCGCAGCUGGGACGGGAGACAUUCCUUGUCAAGGUUGAGUGGGUGGACGAUUGGCCCGUCUUCAACGAUGGAAACAACAUCACCCUCGAGACCAAAGGCAGGAGUUUGCCAAGUUCAGCUGCGGGUCCCACAAAGCAAAAAUGGGAGGCAGAUCUUUCCCGCGAUACUCUUGAGUUGGGAUGGUACCAAAAAAAUACGCCACUCAAGACGUGUUACAGCUUGACAGAGAGACCCGGCUUCCUCAGGCUCUACGGGAACUGCUUCGACCUGUCUAGUCCCGAGUGCCCUGCCAUGCUUCUCAGGAAGCAAACCUCCUAUAACCAGACCUUUAGUGCAACAAUGGAGUUUAACCCUACUGUUCGGGGUUACGAGGCCGGGAUAGUGCUUUGGUGGAGCCAGUACUCGUAUGCCACGGUAGGAAUCGUGGCACAUCAAGACGAGAACGGCAAUAUUUUACCGAGGCUCACAUUUAGAGAGCCAAGCGGCGAGGCUGGUAAUGUCAAGGUUGGCGUAACUUUCUCUCCUGCUCGUCUCAUAGACUAUUCUAUUUCCGCCAUAGAGACAGCGUCUGGCAGUAACGACACAAUAGGGGCGAUGCUCGCGCCGGUCGAAAAGCUGACUGUUGCACCACCCGUUGGAGGUUGUUUCACAGGGGUCAUGUUUGGAGUUUACUCGUUUGGAAAGGGGCAGCCGGUGCUUGACCCAGCAGACUUUUGGGGCAUUAGCAUCACCGAGGUUGAUGGAUGA